AUGACAGCUCAGUCUCCAUUUUCUCGUGGAUUCCCAUAUGGAGGAAAACCAGAUCAUUCUGGAAUUUAUUCCGAAACUGGUGCUACUAUUGCCUUCACCAUCAGAGAUACUCGUGAUAGAGAGAAGAGAGAGAUGGCCGUUCUUAAUGAUCGUCUUGCCAACUACAUUGAGAAAGUUCGCUUCUUGGAGGCUCAAAACCGUAAAUUGGCAACCGAUCUUUCAUCUCUCCGAUCCAGAUGGAAUGUCGAUUCAAGCUCCGUGCGCGUUAUUUGGGAAACUGAAGAAACGAACACCAAGCGCUCUAUCGCUGAAUCACUGAGACGUAACAAGGCUUUGGAGGAUGACAUCGUACGUUUGAAUGUCGAGCUCACCGAUAUCAGAAGACAUUACGAUGAAGCUUACUUGGGACGUAAGAACUCCAGAGCUGAGGCUGAUGGUUUGUUGAAAAGACUGUCUGAAAUCGAAUCUGAGAUAAGCUUGGUAAAACGUAAAACUGGCGUUGUUGAAGAAGAAAUUUCUCGUUUGAGAAGAGAAAACCAACACUUGUCUAGCGAAUUAGCUAGUAAUAAAGCCGGAAUUGACACCGAGUAUGCUUCAAAGAAAACUUUCGAGAAGCGCGUUUCUGAGCUUCUGAGAGAAUGUGAUGAUCUCGAAAAGGGACAAGCAUAUGAAAUGAGCGAACUUGUCGUCAAGGCUCAUCGUGACACAACAGAAGAAAACAGAGACUACUUCAAGCGAGAGUUGCAGGCUGCUAUCAGUGAUAUCAGAAGAGAAUACGAUAAGAUCACUGCUUCUGCGAAGAGAGAAAUGGAUAGCUGGUUCUCAAAGAUGACAAUUGAAAUUCAAAGUCAAGCUAAGGCUGCUAACCUGGAACAAGCUCAAGCUCGUGAAGAGAUUAAGCGUCAUAGAGAAAGCGUUGUUGAAUUGCGCAAGAAGCUCACUGAAUUCGAGACUCGCAAUGCUCUUCUCUCCAACCAAAUCAAGGAUAUCAACUUCCUUAUCGAAGAUGAACAAAGAGUCUAUGUAAGCAACAUUAAGGAGCGCGAUGAUGCCAUCAAUCAAAUGCGUGAUGACUGUAAGAAACUCAUGCUCGAGCUCCAACUUCUUCUUGAUACCAACACGAGCGCUGAAGAAGAAAUCAAAAUGUAUGCUAAGAUGCUUGAUAGUGAAGACAGUAGAGGAACCCUCCAGAACAUUGUCCAACAUACCACCUACUACACUCAAAGAAGCAAUUGA